CAGCACGGGAGAGAUGAUUUUCGAUGAGGUUUUCCAUGCCUUGUCCAGAUGUCUGGCCGGUCUCGCUCAACCCUUUACGGUCCCGGGAACGGAGCAGCUCUUUACCCCAAAGAUCUUCACCACCAUCCUGGUCUACUCCUCCAUUUUCGGCCUCACGUCCCAUCAGGUCCUGGUACAGGGAUGUCAACUGGAGCGAACGGACCUGGGCCACUUCCUGCAUCACAUCUACCAGCAGCUCAAAGCGGUGGAAAGCAACAUCGCCCAUGUGCUCAAUCAGCAGCACGAAAGUUGCUCGGUGGAGUGUGGUCUCCAUGGCAACGGCGUGGAGGAUCCGCCUCCCAGGAGGCCGAACAUCUCCAUGGUGUCGUCGGACAUGGGCCUGGUCAGCAUGGUGGGGCAAGGCAUACUGGCCCUGCAGAUUGUGUAA